AUGCGAGCAACAACUGUUUCAAUAGUCGCGCUCACGGGCGCAUUCGCUGCCCUAACCAGCGGGUCCACGACCGGCCGACCGCUGAAUGGUGUGCAAUGUUGCCGUGCCUUGAAAGGAAUCCUGCCUGACGAUACCUCGCUUCACAACACCACUGUAUACAACGCUGAGUAUCAUGACUAUUGGUCAUCCACUGAGAACCUCAAUCCUGCUUGUGUCUUUCUCCCAGACACGUCGGACAAGGUGUCGCGAGCCGUCCGGCUUUUCACCCGCCUCAACUGCCAAUGGGCCAUCAGAGGUGGUGGACAUAGCCCCAUUCCGGGGGCAGCUAAUAUUGAUGGAGGAAUCCUCAUGGGAACGGAUAAACUCAAUGCAAUUGACAUUAAAGAUGGUUAUGUUCGCGUCGGUGCUGGCAACCGUCUCGGUGCAGUCUAUACUGCAACUGAUCCACACAACGUGGUGCCCAUUAUCGGGAGGUACGAGGAUGUUGGUCUUGGUCUCGCUGUUGGGGCUGGAUUCUCAUUCUUGUGCAAUCGUGAGGGUUUGACGAUCGACAACGUGCUCAACUACGAGGUUGUGAUCGCAAACGGAACGGUUGUCAACGCCAACAGUACCAGCCACCCGGACCUCUUCUGGGCUCUGAAGGGCGGUAAUAAUAACUUUGGUGUCGUCACUCACUUUCAUCUAAAGACAUUUCCAUACAAUGGCACAGUAUAUGGAGGCAACAUCGCUCAUCCGGAGUCCUCCUUCGACCAGGUCGCGGAGCUCUUUUAUGACUAUUAUACAUACCAGGCGAUCAACGACACUCUAACCCAUGUAAUGCCCUCCUACGAAUAUAUAGGUGCCACCGAUGUCGCAUCUGCAGUCAGUCUUGUGGUAUACAAUGCCCCCGUCGACGAGUUACCUCCGAUCUUGCAACCCUGGCUCGAGGUCCCAUAUGACAGCGACACAUUUUCUCGGAGAACAUAUGGAAGCCUCGCUAAGGAGGAGGGGAGUGGCGUCUUUGAUGGCUCUUCCGUGGACCAGCGUCUGUUCAGUGUCUUUGCCGACCGAGAAUUCCUCAAAGAGGCAUGGGACAUACAACUCAAAUGGCUCCGGGCUCGUAAGGAUGUCCCGGGUCUGUUUGGAGUUCAGGUUCCUAUGCCUAUCACCCCCAACCAGAUCGCACAGGGUGUUGCCAAAGGCGGAAACGCCCUUGGCUUGGAGUCAACCAAUGAAGGUAAAUCCAUAGUAGUCAUCUUGAUGCUACUUAGCUUUAAUAACCUCUCCGAUGUCCCACGUUUGAGGGCAGAGCACAAUGCCUUGAUGGAACAGCUGGUGGAUCUGGCGAAAAAGCGAGGCGUUUACCAUCCUUAUAUAAUGCUUACCUACUCGGGAGCCGGCCAGCCGGCCAUCGCCUCGUACGGCGCAGACAAUGUUGCGAGAUUGUGGAAAGUUGCCAAGGCUUACGACCCAACCGGUGUAUUCCAGCGCCUGGUUCCCGGAGGUCAGAAACUCCCUCCAGCCUAG